AUGGCUACCACUUGCUCCCCGUUCUCCUCAGCGGUCGUCAGAUGCAUGCAGAGAAUUUAUCCAGAAUGUCUUGCAGAUAAGAGCUUUGACAAUACUGGCUUGCUUCUAGAAGCCCCGUUGAACCGCCACCGUCGGCUCAGAAACUCAGUCCUCUUAACCGUCGAUCUCACCAAGGCCGUGGCAGACGAGGCAAUCAGUCGUGGAUAUUCUAUCAUCAUUGCAUACCGUAUGUCUUUGAUACCCGCUCAAACCUUUCCCGAAUUGCUACAAAUACUACAAAUGGGAUGCAGAAAGCUAACGAGCUCCGGCCUGGCAGAUCCAAUAAUAUUCCGAGGUCUCAAGUCCAUAACCCUCGCCAAUUCGCAACAACACUCUCUUCUUCGACUAGCUCAGGAGGGAAUAAGCGUAUACUCACCACAUACUGCCGUUGAUGCAACCCCGGGAGCCAUGGCAGAUUGGCUGUGCCAGUGCGCCGUGCCCCCAGCCAUACCUCAACCGACCAUUGACACCAUAUACCCCAAUCCUUCCCCUCCACCGGAACCUAACUUCCAAGGCGCCGGGAUGGGCCGAAAACUCACAUUCGACCAUCAGGUUCCCCUAAAUGACAUACUUCAGGCCAUUGCGAAGCGAGCCUUCCCCAGCUCUCCACCACAGCUUGGCUUCUCAAUCGCUAUCCCACAGGGUAAAUCCCGAGCUGAUAUCAAUAUUAUCACGGUAGCCGCAUGCCCUGGCUCGGGGUCUUCGAUAUUGAUGAAAAACGGCAGUCCAGUGGCUGACCUUCUUCUCACCGGCGAACUAAGUCACCAUGACGCCCUAGCUGCUAUCGAGGCGGGCUCGGUUGUGGUUACUCUUUCCCAUUCUAACUCUGAACGGGGAUAUUUGCAAUCUCACAUGCGACAGGCUCUUUCUCAACAGCUGGAAGCUGAAUGGCGCAAGACACGGGAUGAAGCAGCAGAUCACAUGCGAGUCCAGGGGGAGGAAGGUAAAAUUCUCAAAGAAAUACUGGGCGACGACAGCCUACAGGUUAAUGUCAGUGAGCAGGACAGAGAUCCCUAUGACGUGGUGUUUUGGAAGGAUGGAAAGGAGAUAUGA